AUGCUAAAGACAUUCCUGAAGCUAUUCGUUCUUGCCAGCUUCGGUUUAGCCCAAGCAACAUCGGCACCCUUCGUUGAUCUGGGUUACGCUAAGUAUCAAGGGUACUAUGACUCUAACUUUGGCCAGAAUAUCUUCAAGGGCAUUAGGUAUGCGGCUCCACCAGUAGGCAAGCUGAGAUGGCAAAGGCCGCAACCUCCCGCCAGGAGUCGAGACGAAGUGCUCCCCGCUGUGGAAUACGCUCCAGUGUGUCCCCAAUCGCCCAGUUCGCCAAGUCAACCACCUGUAGCACCAUCUGGUAACGAAGACUGCCUAUUCCUCAAUGUUAUUGCACCAGCAAACAAAACCAGACUGCCCGUUUUAGUCUGGAUCCAUGGAGGAGGCUACGGCACAGGGAACAAUCAGUUCGACUUAAGGCAACAGAUACGCACCAAUGGAAACUCAUACAUUGGUGUAUCGAUUGCUUACCGACUCGGAGCUUUCGGUUUCUUGUCCUCUCUCGAGGUUGAAAGUUUCGGCGUCGUGAACGCCGCCAUUUAUGAUAUGCGAUUUGCACUCGAAUGGGUCAAGAAGAACAUACAUCACUUUGGAGGCGACCCGAGGCAAGUGACCAUUGCAGGAGAAUCCGCCGGAGGAGGUAGUGUCAUGCUCUUAGCAAUGGCAAAUGGCGGGCGUGAAGGGGACGCUCUGUUCCAGGGGCUAAUUGCUUCUAGCCCCUAUCUACCGACACAAUGGGACUUUGACGACGCGUGGCCAACUCUAAGCUACCAAGCCUUUAUCAAUGAAGCAGGAUGCUCCGAUGCGGAGGUGCCAUUCGAAUGCUUACAAUCAGCAGAUACUGUCGUGCUUCAAGAUGCCAGCGCGAGAGUCAGCACGUCAGCCAAUUAUGGCCAAUGGGGGUUCAUCCCGGUCACGGAUGGUAAAUUGAUUCGAAAAAGGCCUACCCAACAGCUUGCCAUUGAUAGGAAUGUCAAUGGACUUCGGGUCUUGACGGGUAACAAUGAAAAUGAGGCCCCAGGGUUUACUCCCCAAAACAUUACGACAGAAGAGCAAUUCGUCGAGUUUGUCUUGACAAAUUAUCCACGCCUCAGCGAGCAGAACGUUUCAAGUAUUCUAGAGCUGUACGCUGUGCCAGAUGAUGUGUCUCCAAUAUAUGCAGACUCAGAUGGGGUAACUCCACCAUUUUCGACGACCAACUCCAACUGGGCUAUUGGCUGGCAACAGGCGGCGAACAAUCUCUAUGCAGAAACCACAUUUGUGUGUUCUUCCUAUUGGAUGGCAGACGCAUUCACAGGUGCGCGAAGAAAGAGUUCUUGGAAGUAUCAAUUCUCCGUACCUCCUAGUAGCCACGGAGCGGAUGUCUCGCCGCUAAUUGCUGAUCCCAAAACCCAGGGGACGGGAAUGGAUGAGGUCUUCCGCACCGCCUUCCAAGAGACUUGGGGUAAUUUCAUUGUCAACGGGGACCCAACGCUGAGCACAGCACAGGCUAGUGCCGCGGGACAAGGGAACAUAACAGCUGCUACCACUGGGAGUUGGCUGCAAUGGGGUGGCCGACCGGACAGAGAUUUCAUGCUGAAUCUCAACAUGACAGGCGGAAUGCCGGUGACUACUCCCAGACAAGUUGGGGGGAGUAUUGUUGACAUUACAAGCUAUGUGCCGAGUAGUGGUGGUUCAUAUCCUGAGCUGGAAGCCACGUUCAACUUGGUUCGAGGAUGGCAAUGGGAGGGGGGAAGGGGGCAAAGAUGCCAGCUGUGGGUUGACUUAGGUCAAUGGGCGUUUGAAUGA